CUUUUUACUCAUGGUUACAAAACUUUCGAGUAAAGUAACUGAAACGCUUUUCACAGAUUACACAACUCUUUUUCAAUCCCAUUGAAACAAUUUGCAACCCGCUUUCAACCCUUGACGACGGCGGCAAGCGUCGUCGUCGGCGUCUCAGCGCAUCGGUCAGUCUACAUUUCAACUUCCUGGAAGUUGCAACUCCCCCGUAGCCGUAUCACUAUUCCUCGGCAAACUCGUCGCUUACGUCACGUUGCAUUCACCCUUGAUUAUGUUUUACUAAAAAUUAAUGUAUUUGUUAAUAUUAUUUGUGCGGUUUCGGCUUAUUUGAAAUAAGAGAUAUGAACUAGCUGUAGUUGUUCCGAUAUAUCUGUGGUCUUCAUGUCUUUUGGACCAAUGCAGCCCCCGUAGACACAUGUACGAAAAACUUAGAAAAUUAAAGCUACCAGUAAAGGCGUUUCAAGCACUCAUACUUAUUAUGGUAAUUCUUAAACAGUGCAGUAGUCUCAGCCACAGUCACAUGCGAUGUUUCGGCCCGGUAUCGAAGACGAAAGUCUAUAACCAUGACAAUGGCUACGUGUACGUAAGCAAUUCGAGCAGGCAUCAGAUAAUGAUCAGUGGAGACAUUGAGUACGGUCUCUACCAGAUAUCGACUCCUCUAAAUCCCACCUGGAAUGUAAAAUAUCGACACCACGGUCACAGGAUGGAGGAGGAACCACCCCAUUCGUUUUAUUUAUUCGACCCAAGAACUAGAAGGUUUCUCUGUUGGAAAAACGUAAAUGGAUCCAUGAUAAGCAUGGAUUACAAAAACAUCGAACAAAAGAAGCACUGGGACCUCUGUAAAUUCAUCGACCGUGUAUCAGAUGACAAACGAUUCCUUGGAGCCUACGUGACGUUACAACUAGAAGGUCACCGAGGUACUACAAUGCAAUUUGACAAAAAAGGCCGGAAUAUAUCCCACAAACGAAUUCAAAAAUGUAUAAGAAAAUUAUCUCGAGAAUCAGACGAUAUAAGGGUGAGACAAAUAAAACGAUGUAUGGGGAGAAAACUGUAUUUAUUCAAAUAUCCUCCUGAAAAAUCGCAUGAUUGUUGUAGCGAAGCGUUUGAAACUCUAUGUAAGGGUAAAACCAGGCAUAUGCCCGAACUGAAAGAUGCUUGUCGUAAAGCGAGAAGUUGUGCAGGAUACCCGUAAUUUAUUAAAAUUAUUUGUCGCUAAAAGGUGUAUGUAUAAUAAAUUUAACGAAUUUCAAAUUUUUUUUUUCUGGGGCUUAAGCUUAUAUAUCAAUUUUACUAAUAAUAAUAAAUAAUUCUAGUCUAAAAUUAGCAAUAAAUAACCUUUUGAGCGAUGACAAUGUUGAAAUUCUCGGUAAAACGCUGCUUGAAUAGAGAACUCACAAAACAUGUGUACUAAUAAUAUAAUAAUAUUUUUAAAAUAAAUAUUAAUUAUAAUUUUAGGCUUCACCCAUUUAUACGCUUAUUAUACUUAAUGUCCGAUAAAGUAUUUUGCCGAAAAUUUCUGUGGUUUUUAAAGAUGGUCAAGAAUUGGAUAAUGAAAACUUCCGGUUACCUUAACAAUCAUUUGUCAAGAAAUAUAAACUUUUUAUGUAGUUACAUAAUAAAAUUUAAUAUUUCUAAAUGUUUAAAUAGCAAUUUUAUUAGUUACCUAUUCUUGAUUCUUAAAGGACUAUAUUAUAGUGUCAGUAUUCUAAUUGUAUAAGCUUGGUGACUUACUAAGCUACUAUUUCUACCAACCAGCAUUCGUUUUUUUUUCUAUAUAACAAGCAAUAGUAGCCUAAAAGUCCUUAAAUGUAUAUGAUUGUACAAAUUAUGACUAAAAAAAAUAUUUUAUAACAUACAACUUUAAUUUAUUUUUCUAUCUUUUAAUAUUUUUCUUUUUGUAAUUUUUAUUUGAUAAGUUAUUUCAAUUACACAGUUAAUGAAGCGACAUCUUGCAUAAGCUUUAAUAAUCAUUUUUUGAAAGACUUCAUCCAGGUGUUGCUUUAUAAAACUGGAAAUGAGAGUUUUGUUUUACCUCUGUGAGGUACGUAUUCUACAUGUUUUUUUUUUUGUAUAUUUAUUAUUUAUUUUUGUAAAUAUUCGUUGUACUACCGUUUGAAAUGACACCUUAUUAUUUCAUUUUAAACGAUAGUUCUGUUAUUAAACCUUAAUAGACAAAAGUGUGUGCUGAGAAACUCACUUUUGUCCAUUAUCGUUUCUUCCAUGUUUUAAUGGACAAUAGUACUAAGAGUACAGAACAAACGCUUUCAAGCAAUGACUCCAAUAACAUUAAAACUCUUCUUAGAGGCGUUUUUUGAGUACACCCUGUAUUAACAUAAAUGUACCAAAUAGUUGGGCUAUGUAUGAUGUACUAGAAUAUGAUGCCUUUUGAAAAUAUUGCACCGUCUAAAAAUGUUUAUGAAAAUUACAUAAAAUUUUUAGUGAAAAUUGUUUUUCAUUUAAUAAGCCUCUAUUGCAUAUUGAAAUUGAAGAAAAUUCUUGAUAAUGCAAUAUUUUCAGAAUUAAAUUGUUUUUUUUUUUUUUUUAAUGUCGGAGACGCUUGAUACGCGUGACUUACAGAAGAUUUUUCCUUAAAUCUAAUUUUUCCCAUGUAUGAUCAAAAUGUUUUCUGUAAGCCUUCACGUGUGUAUGUGUGUUAAAUGGUAAACAAAAUAAUAUUAAUGUAACAUGUAAUUUUCUAUGUAAUUUUUUUUUUGUAAUUAUAUCGCGGCCUCGCUCAUGUAUGUAAUUCGAUGUAAGAUCUGUUGUAGAAAUGUGUCCUUAUAUUUACAUUCCAAAUCAAAUCACAAUAUUUACUGAUGUCCGUUUGCAAUAAAAAGAAGUCAGUAAUUGA